AUGCAGACACGCCUGGCUCUGAAUGCUAGGAAAACCCGAGGUGUAGGACCUCUCUUGUGUGGUUCCCUCAAGCGAACCACACGAGCCAAUCACGUGGCCACUCCCCAGAAGACACACAUACAAACACUCCACUUGAAUGAACUGAUUAACAAACGCCCUCGUCUGGUGAAAUGGUUAGAGGAACGGCCCCAGGCCGGGGCGGCAGUAGGACAACUGAUAGACGAUACAUACGGCUUAUUUAUGAACCAGAAACUGGUCACGCCGUUCUUUGAUGCGGGUUGGGGUAAUUUAGAUGUAGUGGACUUUAAGAAAGACAGCGACGAGAUGCUUGCGUCCAUUGAGACUUCUCCACUGCUGGAGGGAGGUAGCGUGCGAUGCAUAUCGUAA